AUGACGAUGAAGUCAAUAAUUCAGUCCAAGUCCAUCCUCGCACCUCGUGGUCCUCAGCCUGUCGAAAGUGGUGAACAAUUUACAUCCAAACAGUGUUUAGAGAAGGAAUGGCCAAUUUGUACAAAGGAUGACUGGGGCCUUAAAUGUCCAUCUGGGUGCAGAAUGCAAGGACUAAUAGAGACUGAGAAUCGACAAAAUGAUGCCAGGAUAAAGGACAUUCGACAGAUGUUGGAGAUGUAUUCCAAAGCAUUUGGGAAUACUCAUGUUACUGUGACUGAGGCUGUUAACAGAAUCAGACAGACUCUGAAUAGAAUGGGAAGAUUUGAGGACACCUACUAUCAGCUGGUGGAUCGUCUGAAUUCCAGACUUACCACCUUGCAGAACAAAACCAAUGAUCAAAGUCACAAAUUAAAACUACUACAAAAUAACAUAUUAGAACAAUUCCAAGUUAUCUCAAGACUGGAGGUUGAUAUUGACAUCAAGAUACAAUCUUGCAAAGGAUCUUGUGCCAAGUCAAUUGUUUAUGAUAUCAACAAAGAAAGUAAUGCCCAAAUGGAGAAAUCCCUUCAAUCAAUGACAGGCAUUAGACUGGAUAGGAUCAUAUAUAACAAGCCAACACAUACACUCAAAAUGAGUUUGGUGAAGAAUUCUGAUGAAGUAACUGGCUUCAAAUCUGCACAUAAUGUUGAUCAUGAAUAUCCUAAGUUCUGGGAAGAAAUACACACUAGGUUAAUUUCCUUAGAAAAUGAUGUGCCACAUGCAAAUUCACAUCCCGUUCCUGACAAUUAUGAAGGAUCAUCCUUAACUCCUACCCCUACAACUUCAAAUACUGUAUCCACUGACAAAGGUGUAGACAUCCAUACAGUUAGCAUGGAGGCUGGUGGUGUGUCCUUUGCUCCUGAUGGAAUCAAUAGUACAAGAAAUACUGAUGUGCCUUUAGCCCAUGAAGUAAACAGCACAAGGAAAGCAGAAACAUCUCUAAUGUAUGAUAGUGUGGAUAGUGGAAUUGAAGAGCUACAUUUCACAAAAGGUUCAGUCAAAGCAGCUUCCUUAUAUAGUUCUAACAGCACAAAAAAAUACCACUCCAUAACUGGUUCUAAAACUGUCAUAAGUCAAGCUUUUACCGAAGAUAGUGACAUGCAGAUAUCCAAUCAAGACAUUUUUCCUGAUGCACUGUUCCUCAAUUCAGAACAAAUAGACUUCAAGAAAUUAUCACUGCCGCAAGCAAGUGAGGGCUUUUCUGGUAAUUCAACUCACACAAAGACCAACAACUCUGGUGAUUCCACCGAUUAUUCAAAUUUGGGGCAUUUUGAUGACUCUGUUACAGUUGACAGCAGAAAACAUGACUUCCCUUCAACCAAAGAGGAGACAAAUUUCAAAAGCAAAGCAUUUCACACAGGACCUUUUAACAUUAGCAGCAGUCACCAGCUCACUAGUUCAGAGGAUUCUAAGGGAUUUCCAAAAGUCUCAAAUACCACACAACCUGCUUUUGACUCAAACAUGUUAUUUGAGGAUAAAACCAGAGAGGGGUUUCCCGAUGUACGAGCUCGCAUACUUAAUACAGAUAAAGUACAGAAGAUUAAAGGCUACAUUGGGAAAGAUUGUGAUGACAUCAUUCAAAAACAUCCACUUGGUGAUGAAGAUGGUUUAUUCAAGAUAAAACCCACUGGCUCAGCCAACGUUGUGACAGCUUACUGUGAUCAGAGCACCGGACUGGGUGGUUGGGUCUUGGUUCAGCAGCGAAUGGAUGGAUCAGUUCAUUUUAACCGAUCCUGGGAUGAGUACAAGAGGGGAUUUGGUAGCAUUGAUGAUCGAGGCCGAGGAGAUAUCUGGCUGGGAAAUGACAUUCUCCAUUUACUCACACAGAAGGAAAGUAUCCUUCGUGUAGAACUAGAGGACUGGUCAGGGAAUGAGGCGUUUGCUGAAUAUACUGUAACUGUGGGCUCCGAAUCAGACAGCUAUAUGCUAAAUAUCACUAAUUAUGUUGGGAAUGCUGGGGAUGCAUUAAUAACAGGACUAUCAUUGGAUGGGGAACAUACUUCCCAUGCAAGCAUGAAAUUUAGCACUUAUGACAGAGACAAUGAUAAAUGGGAGGAGAACUGUGCACAGUUUUAUGGAGGGGGUUGGUGGUACAAUAGUUGUCAGUCAGCUAAUCUAAAUGGAAUUUACUACCAUGGUGGCCUGUAUGAUCCUCGUAACAACAUGCCAUAUGAAAUAGAAAAUGGAGUGAUAUGGGUCCCUUUCAAAGGUAUCGACUACUCCCUUAAGGUGGUAAAAGUGAAAAUCCGACCAAUUGCUUUAAUUUAG